AUGCAGCCCUCACCACCGCAUCCCCCAUCCUCUCCUCCCCUACCGCCUACGAAUCCGCCAAAGCCCUCCUCGAAGAAGGCCUCUCCCUCACAACCCUCCACCAAAACAACACCCACCUCCUCGCCCCGCGCCAGGCCUCGCCCAUCCCAGGCCUCCCCGCCCCAUCGCGCGCCUGGACCUGCUACCGCGGCGGCGACUCCUCGCACGGCGUGCUGCAGGCGAUGCACGUUGUCUUCAACACCCUCUUCGGCGCGCCGCGCCUCAGCGCCGGGCCCAACCAGUGCCACGUCGCCGUGUGCGGCGCGUUCCAUCUCUCGUGGUGCAACCUGGGCGUAG